CACCUCUUUAAAGUUUCAUCUUUUGUCAGCGUCUCCCUUUCCCUAGCACCCCGAGCUACAUCGACAUUAAGUGUGCAGCUUGGCAUUUAAGUAUGGUGAACCAUAUUCAAGGGGCAGAAGACCCUACUUCGGCAGCAGGCCCCACAUCAAUGCUCGUAAUGGAACAGCCUGACGAUAUCACCACUCAUCAAACAUCGGAGUCUCAGCACGUACUACAUGGAAGUCAGCAGUCCGCUUUUUCUGAGUACCCAAAUGAAUUGGAGAUUGGGACCGAUUCUUCUGAUCAGGGCAGUCGAGAUGGUGAUUCUGCACUGGGUGACUCUGUACUGGGAUCCACGUCUUCUUUGAGGUCGAGUAUCUAUGACUAUCUGGUAGAGAAUGGGCGCACUUACCAUGCUUUUAACUCUGGCAAAUACAUGCUGCCAAAUGAUACUCGGGAGCAGGAUAGACUCGACCUCCAGCACCAUUCAUUCAAGAUAAUGCUAGAUGGCAAAUUAAAUCUCGCACCAAUCUCGAAACCCCAGCGUGUCCUUGAUCUAGCUACUGGAACCGGUAUCUGGGCCAUUGAGUUUGCCCAGGAACACCCAGAAGCAACAGUCAUAGGCACAGAUCUAAGUCCAAUCCAACCGGAAUUCGUCCCAGCAAACUGCCAAUUCGAAAUCAACGAUGCGGAAGAAGAUUGGGGCUUCAAUGACCACUUCGACUACAUCCACGCUCGCGCCAUCGUGACUUGCUUUAAGAACAAUCGCUCCAUUGUACAGAAGAUAUUCGAGAACUUGUCGCCUGGUGGGUAUUUCGAGUUGCAGGAUCCGACGUUCCCGAUGAAGUGUGAUGACGGAACACUGGACGGGACACCGCUUAAUGAAUGGGGAGAAAGAAUGAUAGAGUCCAUGGCCCGCAUAGGCCGUAACCUAACAGACGGGCAAAACUGGGGACAGUACAUGCGCGAAGCGGGUUUCGAAGACGUGACCGAACACCGUAUCUACGUCCCAGUCAAUCCUUGGGCUCGAGGAAAGAAGAAUAAGCUUUUAGGUGCCAUCUCGCAGCAGAAUCUGUUGGAGGGAGUGGAGUCGAUGAGCACCGCGGCUUUUACGAGGAUACUUGGGUGGACUCCGGAGAAGCUGCAUGAGUUGUUGGAGGGAGUGAGAGCUAAUUUGCAGGAUAAGGGGGUGCAUGCUUAUGGGAUUGUGUAUUUCGCUCAUGGUAGGAAGCCUAGGAAAGACGUGGAGUGAUACUGCUUAGAGCUUGGUAUUGUCUGGCUUUGCAGGAGCUUAUGUUGAUAUGAUACCGGGCUGCAGCAGACAAGAUCAUAGAAUUAUUUGGAACGCCCAAUUGAAGAGACCGGAAUGAAAGUUUAGCAAUGCUCUCUGUUGGUCAAUGUUUGCUUUCUG